CCCACUGUCGCUCAGUUGCCUGUCGAGUUCGUUCGGAGGUAGACCGUGGAAGAGUGCACUCGAAGAAAAAUUGGAUUCACAAGAUGUAAUUAUUUUGAUUACACAAUGAUAUACGAAAAAAAGGGAGAGUGAUAAUGUUACAUAAGUAAAAAAAAAAAAAAAACAUGUGUGUCCCAUAAUACGUCUAGAGAAAUUCCAGAUAUCUGGCCACCGAGUGAAAUCCUGCGUGGUUGAUUUGAAUAUUACAACUAAUAUGAAAAUAUAGAUAAACCAAACUCAAUGUUGCAAAGUGACUCAAACAUGUUAACGGCAGUGAUAACAGGUUUGGUGAUUUUCACCGUUGGACAAGCCUCGCCUCCUCCACAGGUAGCGCAAGUGUCUGACGUAUCAGUCCAUAAUGUCACAUCAGUACGGCUAACAACCCAGGAUGUACUCAAUACAACAGCAGAGCUUGAUGCAUCCAGUGUGGAGGACUCGGUCUCACGAGUGAAAGAAGGUAAUGACGCUGAAGUGAUUCCCGUCGUCCCUGGGCCGUCGUCUGACAGAAUCUCUGCUGAAGAACCCGCGUGGAUCACGACUGACCCGCCCCACCUGGGAGAGUCAGUCGUCAGCGUUUCAACUGACUUACCAGAUCUCAACUUCGGCACUCGUUCGCCCUUCUUCUCCGAAGAUAUAAGCACGACUUGGGACCCUGACAUAUCUACAGAUAUGGUUACGACUGCCAGUGAUGAGACAAGAGAUACCACGACGUCGGGGGCGGUGGAAGGCGUCAACAAGCGAGGGACAGUCGUCAACUGCUUCUGCGACGCCGACGAAGUUUAUGUCGAUGGCACAUGUCGUCCAUAUCCAGAGGGAACUGUGGUCCACAUGCGGACUGAAGUGAACAAUCCUAGAAUUGUCCUGAAACCCAUGGCAGAGAGGCGAGUGAUAAUAAAAGACCUGGAAUGUGACACAGAAAAUGGAGUCAUGAUGCUUAACUUCUCAAGAGGACAAUUUCGGCUAAGAGACCGCGGUGACAUCGUGCUAUCGGAAGAAGCUGGGGAAUUCGAUGGUCUCCGCAUCAAAGAUUACUGCAUUACUCACUCUUUGGAUGAAAACAGAGAACUCACCUGGACCGUGAAGGUGUGCGUGGACCCGCCAAAAGUACCACGAUGCUGUCCACCAGGCCAAGCCAUGAAGGACAAUGUGUGUCGGCCGGCUCGUACGCCAGAGCAACUGGAACCCCCGAUCUCUGCAGAUCCGUAUGGUCCAGCUAUAUCAUGGCCCCAUAUCAAGACCUAUGAAAAGCCCCUCCACUGUAACGUGGAACCCAUGAAGGAUCUCCCACUGAUACCCGGAGUCUCCUACUUAGCAUCACACACCAGGGGCUUGGUCCACAUAUGGAAUGCUGAAGAGACCGAUUACAAGUUUCAGUACAGAUUCGAUCCCAAAUUCUGCGUUGACGGAAGGCAGAAUCUCGAUGGAUCGGCGUCUUAUUCAGUAAAAGUGUGCUUCGAAAGUCCUAUGGAGCAGCAUGAAAGAUUGUGUUCCGAAAACGUAUGUGUACGAAAAUGCUGUGCAAUGGGAGAAGUAAUGGAUAGUUAUUUACACUUGUGUGUUCCGAGUUCAGCGGCAGAGUUUGCACCGCACAUGAAUACCGAAUACAACCGCGUGAUAGGCAAACCUAUAUGUGACCCUUCCACAACCAUAACAGAUUUCCUAUUGUCACCCGACACGGGGUAUCUCGCCACAUGGAACAUAACUCUACCACCGAGUGACUACUGCAUUGACAAGUUUUCUGAUCGAGAAGGCAACAUAAGUGACGGUGCCUUAGCAUGCAUCAAUUUGUUUACUACAUGGGAGAGGGCUCGGGACAUCGUGUUCCCAAUCUGCAUGACCAUUUCCCUGGUCUUCCUCCUUAUAAUCGUCGUCUGUUAUUGUGCAGCACCAAUAAUGUUAAAAAACACAGGAUGGUAUCACUUGUGUCAUGUGGUGUCACUUAUCAUUGCAUAUUUCUCUGCAGUCAUGUUACAGUUCCUCAACAGGUUCCUGCAGUCAGCAAGCUGUAUCGGAUUUGCCAUAUUAAUGCAGUUUGGAUAUCUAUCAGCAUUCUUCUGGCUCAGUGUGCUAUGUUUUGAUGUUUGGAGAAAAUUCAGGAGCCUCAACAACAGACUGCGUCCACCUCGACCCAUUCCUCCCUAUGUCUACCAUAUUUAUGCCUGGAGUGGACCUCUUGUGAUAUGUUCAGUCACACUGAGUCUGCAGUAUGUGGAUGCAGAUGACGUUCCUUCUUGGCUCAUUAAACCGCAUCUAGGGGAAUACAAGUGUUGGUUUGGAGAGGAUAUGGAGCAGCUUGUGUUUUUCUACCUGUAUAUUGCCAUCCUGUUAUUUGCCAAUUGUAUCUUCAUUGGUCACACAUACUGGGUCAAGAGAAAAAUGGAUGAAAGUUUGGCGGCUCUUAGAGCCGACACAGAUGGAAAUGGCGAGAGAACUUCACCAGUUGUUCACAGCAAACGGAACUACUACUCUGAAUUCAAAACAAAGUUCUUGUUAUUGGCUCUCAUGUCGAGUUGCUGGGUGGCAGAAGUUCUGUCUUGGCAAAUUCCACCCCCAGAGCUUUGGGCUCUCACUGAUAUAUUCAACACACUUCAGGGUUUCUUCAUAUUCGUCAUUUUCAUGCAAGACAGACAGAAACGGCAGCACCUCAAAGAGAAAUUCCCGAACCUUUCCAGAAUCUUCAAGAACAUCUUUUUAACCCUCAGUAAACUGAAACAUUUUCUUAGAUGUUCUUCCUGCUCAGCAGGAACGUUUUCGCCGUACACUUAUAUCUCAACACUCAACAGAAAGCUCUCCUCGUCAUCCAUUGUCUCAAAUCUCUCGACUCUUUCAUCCUCCAUCAAAAUAACCUCCACAUCCGUAUUCAAAGUUGACAGUGACAGGCGCUCUCCACAAAGAUCCGAGUCGUUUGACAGUGACAAUGGCAUCAUUACCCUCUCACACACUCCCAUAUCGCAAACGAGCAGCAUUUCUUCAGGCAGUAGCAUUAGCAACGUUUCACAUUGUUAGCAAACAAGGCGCCACAAGACAUUUCGGACUUCCUUGAGCCAGUCAAGUUGCUGAAAAAAUGGCAGUAUGUCAGAUUUUUUUCUCUUUUUUUUUGCCAGAUCUCAUUACCUGAUAGUAUUUUUAAAACUGUAGAUACUGCGUACAACUCUUUUCCAUGUGGAAAUUCAUAUUAAAAUUCAUAUACAAUAUCAUUACAUUGCACUUUCAUCGAUAGACUGGAAAGCUUAACAGUUCUCCACUACACACAAAAUACGUAAAAUAAUUAAUUAAACAAUAUACCAAAUUAGGAAAACUGAAAUUAAUGAUGAAGUUAUGCCUUCUUUACGUGCUGUUAUAAUUGUUUUACAUGUAUCUUUAAUAACUGUACCUAUGCAGCUAAUAGAGAACUGUUAUGCAUAUUAUGUCAUAUGAACAUUAGCUGUGAACCAUGAUGUUUAUAUGUUCUGGAAAGUGCAGUAAUAUAUAUGUAUGGAUAGAUGGAUGUAUAUGUUUAAGGCAGUUGUGGCCGACCUGUGGCACACAGGCCAUAUGUGACACACUAGACUGUUAGAAGUGGUGCAAGUGCGUCACUAAGUACUGAUUACAUAUAACGAUUUUAUUAUUCCGUUCAAGUCUUUUUCGGCAAAUCCUAUCUCCUUUCAUAAUAUCUUGUCUUUAGUAAGAAUAUGCAUAGUGUAAGAAUGUUAAUUAUGCCUGAAAUUAUAUUGCAGCAACAAGCGGGAGUUAAAAAGGAAGAUAAAAAGGCUGUGAACCAUGGAAUCUAUUAUCUUAAAAAGUACAAUGAAGCCAGUCUUUGAUAAUUUUAUGUACAUAUUGUGUAAAUGCGAUUAAAUUAAUUCUAAGGAAACAGGUAUCUGCUAUCACAAUACUCUUUAAGUGUAUGUGUGCAAUGUUUAAGGUUUUGGAACUAAUAGGUGCACAUUUAAGAUGCAGAUCAACAUGUAGAUAUUUAUAUGCCAUGUCCCAUAUAUUUUGUUUUCAUUUAUUAGUCAUUCCAGAUAAGUGUGUUUGUAUCAGAUUCAUUUUCAGAUACUUGACAUAAUAGAUGAUUAUAACAGUGUA